AUGCCGAAUCGGACACAGCCGUUCGAGUCUUCCUUCGCCAUGCACGACGGCCCAUUGAUGACCAGGGACAUCACCCGAUCCAACUGGCAGAACCCGCAGUUUGCUUUCUUAUCGAUCCAUCUCGCUACAGCUAUUGUGAUUGGUUCCACGUGGUCUGUUGACGACGAGGUUGCUCGCCAGGUCGUGUCUGCUUUUUACCGUAACCUGAUUGAUGAUUCGAAAAGAUUGGACUGCAUGCGCGCUGCGGUAGCACUGCACAAGUUCAUGAAAUCGUUUCGCAAGAAGAUUCCAUUAGAACAGCAGAUUGUAUUUGUUCACAUAGGUGUGUAGUUAGAAGAUUCACUAUAUUAUUACAUGUGUUGUAUAUCAAGUUUUCAGUUCCUUGCUCUCCUGUUACUUACUCGUUUAAUGACAUUUCUGCAUAAUACUUUAUUAUUCUG